CAAUUCUACGAAGCGCCUGGCCCAUCGUCCUCCAGCACUUUGUCGAUUCCGACACGGUGUGCUUUGCCCUUGGGCAAGGGGAGGAUUGCGAGAUGCAUACCUAUCAGACCACGAUAUCCAAGGAUGAGACUGUCAAUGACUUCACGCGGCGAAUGGCCAGGGAGACACCAUUACCGUCCGGUAAUGACCGCAAGCUGAACACCUGCGUAUGGCUGGGUGCGACGGCUGCGACGUGCCAGAGCUUGCAGAGAAAUGGCUUUUUCCAGCUUCUUCUGGUUGUAAAAGAAGCCGCCAGUUCAGUAGCCUCUUCGCAGGUGUUGUUGUUUUCUCAGAGCUCGCUAUUGUCUGAAGGCCAAGCUCGGCAUCUCGCCUCCACUGUCAGUCAAGCCAUCUCGGAAGUUCUCGCACACUCCGACCGGAGAGUCGACGACUUGGACCUGCUCAGUGCGGAAAAUGAGUCGGCCAUUGUGCGGUGGAACAACAAUCGGAAUUGGCCAUCACGGCCAGGAUUGAAGCCCAUCCUGGACAUCAUUCAUGAGCGGGCUGCGGAACACCCCGACAAAAUCGCCAUCUGCGCGUGGGAUGGGAAUUUGACGUAUAGAGAGCUGGUGCAGCAGGCUGCUCGAAUGGCUAGCUACCUGCGUCAGGUCACCGGACUUCGCCCGAGAGACUUGAUUCCGCUUUUCACAGAGAAGGGCGUGUGGACGACGGUCGCCCAGCUUGCGAUUUGGAUGGUUGGGGCUGCAUUCGUGCCUCUCGAGUCGUCGCAUCCAGAUGACCGCCUGCGGUCGAUUCUGGGCAUUAUCAAGACCAGAUUCAUUCUCUCGUCCGAAGCCCUUUCGGGACGGGCUUCUACUCUGAUCGAGAACGUGGUCACUAUACCCAGCACACUGGCCGGGGACUCCGUCACCGCGGACCCCGGCCACCCCGACACCGAUCCUGAAGCACCGGCAUAUAUUCUCUUCACGUCCGGCACAACGGGGUUGCCCAAGGGCGUGGUGAUGGAGCAACAGGCCCUAAUGUACCUUUCUCGGCAGGCUUCAUCAUGGGACAUCCGUUCCGACUCACGGGUCCUGCAAUUUGCCGCCUACAGCUUCAAUCUUUCUGUGGUUGAAACCUACUACACUCUGAGUACCGGUGCGACCCUUUGCGUGAUCUCGGAGUUCGACCGGACGAACAACCUGCCCGAAGCAAUGCAGAAAAUGCAGGUAAGCUGGGCCGCGUUGACGCCGUCGCUUCUGAGCCGCAUGGAUGCCAGCGCCCCGCCCUCGAGCCUAAGGUCUCUGGUUCUGGGUGGUGAAAGCAUGAGUGAUCAGGACUUCCAGCGCUGGACGGCCACAAGUCAGGUCCAGCUGAUCCAGGCCUAUGGGAUGAGUGAACACGCCGGGCUCCCGUGUCCCAGUCCUCUAUCUAUGACCCCGCGAUGCGACCUCAAAGCCUUUCCCCCAUCGCUGAUUGUACGCCAGUGGCUGGUCAACCCUACAAACCACCAGAAGCUGGCCCCCAUCGGGGUAGUGGCCGAACUACUUCUUGAAGGGCCCAGCCUGGCGUGGGGGUAUCUGGAUAACGCUGAUGCAACCGCCUCGGCGUUCAUCGAGGCUCCAAAGUGGCGGCACGACCUGCAAGCAAAGCUCGACGGGACCACUCCCGGACGCAUGUAUAAAACAGGCGAUUUGUUCCGCUACACGGCAGACGGUAGCAUUCAGUAUGUCGGCCGGAAAGGAACAAUGGUCAAGAUACGCGGCCAACGACUGGACCUCGGCGAGAUCGAGGCGCAUGCGCGGACGGUCUGUCGAGAUGGGGUCCAAACGAUCGCCGAGUCAGCCAUUCCUGCCAAUGGCAAGGAGAUUCCGAUCGUGGCACUAUUCCUCCACUCGUCGGAUUAUCAACCGAAGAGGGAGGCGGCGGACAGCGCAGGCGCCCCCCUGUUGCUCGCGACUGCGAGCCCGGACUUCUUCUCGGACGUCAAACGUAUCCGAGCACGCCUGGAAUCCCUUCUUCCCAGCUACAUGCUUCCUAGUGUCUAUCUACCGUUGGCCCGGGUGCCCUCCACUUUGACGGGCAAAGUCGCGAGACGGAGUUUGUGUGAGGCGGUGCAGCAGCAUUCUCGCGAAGAACUAGAAGCCUACCAAGGGGAGGGGGCCAGAUUGGUCAUGCCGGUCUCGGAAACAGAGAGGAAGCUUCAUUCGUUAUUUGGAGAGGCUCUGAGCCUGGACCCGACGCAGUUCGGGGUCGAGCAUGAUUUCCUGAGACUGGGAGGAGACUCUUUAGCGGCCAUGCGAGUGGUGAACCUCUCCAGACCGCACCAGUACGCCCUCACAGUCGCAGAUAUCCUGCAGCAGAGAACAAUCGCAAAUUUGUCUCAGCUGCUGGCAAGGCGCCAGUCAGACGACUCUGGCAGCGAGAAGGAGCCCAGUGCGGACCCCCACGUCGAAGUCCUCCGGCCUUUGCUCGCCAAGAUCAAACUGCACAGUGCAGAUGUGGAAGACGUGUGUUGGUGCUCCCCUGUCCAGGAAGGCAUGUUGUACAGUCAUGCUCGCUUUGCCAAGAUGUACCACACGCGUGCGAUCUGGGAAGUAGCUGCAACACAACCACACCAUCCUGUCGAUAUAGAACGCUUGCGACGCACCUGGUCCAGGCUAUCCGCCCGGCACCCAACGCUCCGGACUGUCCUUUUUGAGGUCGCCGCAGAGGGAAAGCUGGCCUUGCAGGUGGUCCUCAAGCAAACCGUGCCGGGCGUGGGAGUCGCAGAUAGUCUAGUCAUGCUCUUUUCGCCAACUUCGCUGCCAGAUGAACCGCCUGUGCCACCGCGCGGAGGGAUGGAUUGGAUCCCAAAGUUCCAGGUCUAUCAGACCCCCGACGACGGCCCAAUCUACUGUGUUCUCGACAUCCACCAUACGCUGAUGGAUGCGUCCUCCAUAGCAAAUCUUGGACGAGCGUUUACCCGAUUGUACAACAGCGAUGGAGCGAAAGAGCGUGCCCUAGUGGAGCCUGCAGCCUCGUACACGAGAUUCGCCCGCUAUCUCUCGCGCCACCUGAGAGAGUCCACGCUUGCAUACUGGAAGUCGUACCUCCAAGGGGUUCCCCCCUGUAUCUUCCCCCGGCUUCGACCCGAAGGUGCCGAAGAGCCAGUCGGCGGGCGAAGGGCGUCGGUAUGUCUUGCGGCGAUUCAGCAUAGAUAUCAGCGAUUUUGCCACGAGACCGGCCUGACCGUGGCGAGUUUAUUCAAGCUGGCAUGGGCGCUCGUGUUGCGCAGCUUCACGCAAUCCAACGACGUGGCCUUCACCUACCUAACCAAUGGGCGCGACGUGCCGCUGGACGGGGUGGAGGAGGCGGUUGGCCCCUAUCUCAACACCCUCAUCUGUCGUGUGCAGUUUGACCAGCAGACUUCCUUGCAGCAGACGGCGCAAGAUAUGCAAGCCGAGUUCAUUGCGGGACUCUCCUAUCAGCAGGUCAAUCUGCCUGCUCUGUUUGAUGCGCUGAAUCUUGUCGGGGACUGUGGCUUCAACACAGCCAUCAACUUCUUGCCAAACUUCGACCAGGAGGAGGACGCGGAGCACAAAGGCUCUGAUUCCAUUAGAUUGAAGCUACAUGGCAUCAAGGGCCCAAGUGAGGUAAGCUACCAUGACAUGAUUGUUCUCGUCUCUUCGGCCCAGCCCGUCCUCGAAUGCUUCCUCGGAUAUUGGGCACGCUAUAUGACCGAAGAGCAAGCUGCCAGUGUGGCGGCUGCGCUGAGUGUGGCGGUGACAAGCAUUGUCCAGACGCCUAGCCAGACUAUCGGCGGUGUUGAGCUCUUCAGCGAUCACUAUGCGCCGGAGGUCGAACGCUGGAAUCAGUGUACCACCUUGGGCGAGCCCGAUCGUCUUUACGAAGCGAUGCAGCAGCAAUGUCAGCUCCACGCUGACAAGCUGGCGGUGGAUGCCUGGAACGGCUCCCUCACUUUUGGUGAGCUGGACUGCUUCUCGUCCGUCCUUGCCGCGCGACUGAAGGCAAACGGCAUAGGACCGGGUGACUUUGUUCCAUGCUGUUUUGAUCGGGGAAAAUGGACGCCGGUGGCCAUGCUGGCUAUCGUGAAGACGGGGGCGGCAUUUUGCCUGCUGAGUCGAGAACACUUAACAUAUCUGGCGGAAGUGUGCCAGACAUUAAAGGCCCAGGUCGCGUUAACGAGCCGUGACGAUGCUAAUAUAGCCUUUCAACCGGCUGACGUGAAAGCCCUGACUAUCGAAGAAAUCGAAGAUGAACCCCCGAUAGCAGCUGCCCCGACGUGGUCGGCUGUGACCAACCUCUCAUGCGCCAUCUUCAUCCCUCCCGGCUCGACGAGCAAGAGCUUCAAUAUAACCAGCAAAGACCUUCGCACUCUCUGUCCUACCAUGGUAGAGUCCUCAUCUGGCCUGGGCCUGCACCCGCACGAUCGAGCAAUGCACUUGGCUUCCGCCGCGGAGGAUACCAGCGUGAUGGAAGUGCUGGGCUCUCUGGCCGUCGGUGCUUGUCUCUGUAUCCCACGCGAACAAGACAUUCGGGUCGAGCAGCUCUCGCACAUUUUCGCCACGUUCAAGCCGACGUGGGCCAUCCUGACACCAACCAUUGCCCGUCUACUCCUACCUCGCGGCGCUCCAUCGCUCAAUACCCUACUGCUUGCCGGCGAGGCCAUUUGCCCGUCAGAUCACGACACGUGGGGGGCGCAGAAUACGACUCUCAUGCACCUCUACCGCCCGGCUGCAGGCGCAGGUACCCUUCUGGGCAUGUCCAAGGUGAUUGAACGCUCCGACCCCAAUCUCCU